AUGGGUUCUGGCAAUAAUGGAGGGUAUGUCGUGACUGUUAGUGUGCCAGCCGCGUUGGGUGCGGUGCCAGAAGAAGCGAGUGAGAAGAGCCAUUGGGUUAGAGAUGAGGCUGGGGGAGUGAGGGGCUUUAAGAAUCCGUGGGAGAGUUCUCAUGAUUUCUCUUUUCCCGAGAUAUUUAAAGCCAUGGUCCAACACAAGUUCUUCUCGGGAGACAGCCAGAGGCCUGAUACCACGCCGCCAACAGUCUCGGUUACUAAACCCCAGUUCCUCCCGUCUAGAACGAGCUCACACUCACAAUCUCUGCGUGCAAUAUGGCUGGGGCACGCAUGCUACUACAUUGAGUUUCCCACUGGCCUACGGGUCCUCUUUGACCCCGUGUUCGAAGACCGCUGUUCCCCGUUCUCCUGGCUAGGCCAUAGAAGAUUCACCCCUAGGCCCUGUGAUAUCUCUGAUAUUCCAAUAAUUGACUGCGUUAUCAUAAGCCACUCCCAUUACGACCACCUUUCUCACCCGACCAUCCUUGAAAUCCAAAAACACCACCCCUCAGUUCAGUUCUGUGUCCCGAAGGGUCUUAAGAAUUGGUUUUCAGACUGCGGCAUCAAGAACGCUGUGGAACUCGACUGGUGGGAGGAUGUUGACCUCACAUUAACCCCAACACCACACGAACAACCUUCUCCAAGUUCUGGGACAUCUGACAUUACGGCGAGGAUUUCUUGCCUCCCUUGCCAACAUACAUCCGCGCGUACUCCCUUUGAUAAAGCAACUACGUUAUGGGCUUCGUGGUCUGUCUCUUCAGGCGGCAAGUCAGUGUACUUCGCCGGUGACACGGGCUAUCGCUCAGUUCCACGCUCGUCCAAAGAAGUCGACGAUUGGGGCUCCGAGUUUGCUCAUCUCCCUGUCUGUCCUGCUUUCAAGCAAAUUGGCGGCCUCCGAGGUCCCUUUGACCUGGGGUUGAUUCCGAUCGGAGCGUAUAAGCCACGGCAUGUUUUGAGUCCCGUGCACUCGAAUCCGUAUGAUUCCGUGGAGAUUUUCAAGGAUACAAAGUGUAAGAAAGCGAUUGGGAUUCACUGGGGGACCUGGGCAGUUGCAGAAGAGAACGUGCUGGAGCCGCCACAGUUACUCAAGAAAGCAAUGGCUAAAAGUGGUCUUUCGGAGACGCUUUUUGAUGUUUGUGAUAUCGGCGAGAGCAGGCAGUUUUGA